UUUGGUUCAUAAAAGUUCAAAAUUCCAUUUCAUCGGAUCCGACGCACAUAAUAAAACGGCCAUAGUCAUUUGAUUCCGUCUGCGCUGUAUUCGAGGGAGGUGGGGGUUCGUUCCGUUUCGCUCACUGUCUUGGUCGUCCUGCGCUCUCUUUUGACCAAGGUGCGGCGUCCCUCAUCAUGGCCUCGUUCGCGGAUACAGUCCGAUUCUGUUUCCCAACCGCAUCAUCUUCUGCCAAUGGAACCCGGUAUCGAGGUUCGGAAGAGUUAUCACUUCAGGAUCGAAGACGCGCACCGGACGCUUGGAUCGAAGAGGAUGAUUUGGGGAAAGAUACCGCCAAGUUUAGUCUCGCUGGCAUUUUCAAGAGCUAUGCGCCAGACUGGAUGCUAGUGGUACUCUUAUGGGUCGUGUAUGCCAUAUUGAACCGAUCUGGAGGUCAUAAGAGGGAAUUUUCCCUCAAUGAUAUCUCCAUCCAACAUACAUUUGCAGAGCAUGAGCGGGUCCCUCCAAACCUCUUAUUCUUCAUCUCUGCUGGGAUACCUCUGCUUGUGCUCGUGCCUGUGUCCGCUUUCGUCGCUAGGACCGGAUGGGAUAUGCACAAUGCCGUCGUCGGCGUGUUCAUGUCUUACACCAUGACGGGGACAGUGACUCAGUUGAUCAAGAUGUCAGUCGGACGACCUAGGCCUGAUCUGUUGGCACGGUGUCUCCCUCGUGAAGGAUCAGCAGAUCAUGUGUUUUUCGGUCUUUCAACCGUUGACAUUUGCACGACGACAAAUCAGCUCAGGCUGGACGACGGGUUCAAGAGCUUUCCCUCUGGACAUAGUUCUCUCUCCUUUGCCGGUCUCGGUUUCUUAAGCUGUUAUCUCGCUGGAAAAAUGCACUUGUGGGAUAGACGGGGACAUAGGACACGAGGAUGGUUUGCCCUCUCCCCGUUACUAGGAGCAGUGAUGGUUGCCAUAUCUCGAACAGAGGAUAAUCGGCAUCACUGGCAAGAUGUUCUCGUAGGUUCGCUCCUAGGUCUCUUUAUCGCCUGGGUAUCGUACCGGACCUAUUUUCCCCCACUGUCUCACCGUCAAUGCCAUCUCCCCCUGGCUCCUCGUAGUCCCGACACCAUCGGCGUAGUAGAAGGAGACGAAGAGAUGGGUCGGAAUGGGACCCGAGUAAGACUCUUGGAGGAAGAAGAAGAACAAGCUCAAUCGAGACCUAGUGAAGAGCAAGUGACAUGGAGGAGAGGAUAGAAAAAGGCCAUUGAGCUCUUGCCCCCCACGUUCGUUUUGAGCUUUUGCCAGCACUUGCUAGUCCCAUGUAGUGGGCAUUUCUACUAGUCGUUGCAUCGUCAUCAUCAUGAAUAUACAAAGA